AUGUUUCAAAGUUUUGUACAAUAUACAAGAAGAAUUUUCAAACGUAUAAAGGAAGCCGGCAGUCAUUGCUUAAGUAAUAUGAAACAAUCUACGCAUGAUCAAGAACCAUCUUCUUCUGAAACGUUUAGCACUGUCUCGUAUAUUUCUCAACAACACAACAGUUUAGAGAAACAGACAUCAGGGAUGGAUGGUGAAGAUAAGCAUGGCAUGGAAGAAAAUAAAUCGACUGGUAGGCAGUCAGUGAAAGAAGGCAUAAAUCGAUCAGAGACACGAACAAGUCUUACACUGACACCUACAAGUAGGAAAUCAACUGAUAUUAAUAAGGUGAAUAAUUCGUUAAAAAUUAUGCCGUCCCCCAAUGUUGAUAAAAUUCACGAAUCACCAACUUCUAAACAAUUUAACGAGAGUGAAUCGAAAGAGGCAACUCCACAGGUUCCAACAGACCUUCCUAUCCCUGUAAAAGAAGAAGAAGAAGAGAAACAAGAUGAAGGCGAUCCUGGUAUUUCGAAAGAAUUGUCAGUAGAAAAACCUAUCGAGCUAAGUGUAACUCCUCAGUCUGAAUUACCACCUUCUCAUGUACAAACUGCUGAUGAACAGCUGCAUAGCGACAGUGACAUGAAAAAAUUGACAGGAGAUUCUGAAGUGAAAAUUACCGAUGAAUGUAUGAAUGUAGUAACUCCUGUCUCUAGUGAAAAGAAAGAAGACACAAUUACACCAAAUAAUCAGAUUCCCACUCCAUCUUAUCAGACUCCGGGAGAUACUGCAGACAAUUUAAAAUCUCCACUAAAAACUGAGGUGUUUGAAAACAUUAAAGCAGAGACUCCUGCUGAUGUGAUUAAUAAGUGUCUGACAAAAGUUGACGAAACACCGAACGUAACCAUCGAUCACUACACAUACAAGCGCAUGCAGUGUAAAACAGAUAAAGGCAUUGUCACGAAGGUGAGCAAAAAGCAUAUAAAGCAGGGUCCUAUUGAAGAUAAGAAAUCAUCUAAUGAUGGGAAACAAAACCAGCAGACAAAAGAUAAUACUAUUUCAGACGAGAAAGAUGAUUACCCUAAUACUACUAGUACAACUUCUAGUUCCCUGUCUUCUAAACGUAUCAGACCUCUUCGGCUUAAAAAGCCUUAUAGCCUUAAGAAGGCUAUCACAGCUCGACGUCAACCAAAAGGUAAAUCUUGUGUUCAUUUACACUGUCGUUGUAAACCUAUACCACAACAUCCAGGUACCAUCUGUCAACUAUUUUCACCACAUGCAACAGGUAUGAAUCUUGGUGGAUUAACGCGAAUGAGAGAUAGUCAAAUCAACAAAUUAAUAGAAAAUGCUAAUUUAAUUAUUGAAAUAUUAACGGAUCAUUUUGCAUGGGAGCUGGCUGUGGCAAUUGUUCAACAGUAUCAUGACUUACAACAGCGUAAGCUCUAUUCAACGACAUCAGAUUAUACUUCAUCUCAAUGCUGUAUACAUUAUGUACCGUCGUCUGGAUUAGAAAAUUAG